AUGCAGCAGAGUGUGGACUUCUUCACCCCCGGCUGUUCCAACAUUGACCUGACCAUCAGUACAGAGAAGUCCCUGAUCAUUCAUCAACCGGUACAAAAUGCUGCCUACGCGGACCCUCGUAUCAAGACCAGCGAAAUUCAACUCACAGCAAUGGACAGGUUCGCAUACCUUUGGUGGGCGCUUUCAAGAAACAUCAAGAUCGACGACGAAAUCGGAAGCCAGAUCUCCUAAAUCGGCCAGGCGUUCGGUUGGCCGCAGCAUUUAGCUUUUAAUUUUUCCGGCUCUCAUAUACACACGAGAAUUAAGAUGCGUCAGGCCGCUAUAAGGGCAACCCUCUUGUAUGGGGCUGGCACGUGAACUGUCUAUGUAGGCCAAUCAGGAACGCUCGACCAUUUUCACUUUGGCUGUCACCGUAGAAUACUGAAGUUGAAAUGACAGGAAAGGGUGUCGCACACUACGUCCUCGGAAGUAACCGUCGUCCUAAGAGCCCGCGUCAUGCUGAGGCAAAUGCAACUGCGAUGGAAUCACCACCAUAUGAUGAUGGGUGAAGAGCGCCUGUUCAAUCGGCCAUUCAACGACGACGUUGCCACGUGUGCUCACAGAUAAGGCGAAGAAAAGCAUCGUUACGAGGACACCCUAAGGACCUCUAUAAAGCACCUGCAAAUCAGUCCUGAGGUCUUAAUGGGCACCGCUCAUUAUCAGCAGGCGUAGCGCACCGAAUACCUGCUGCCAUGCGGAAAAAUAGACCCGAAAGACUCCAGUGUCAUUAACUAACGACACAAGCGUUCAGUCUCUAACAUUUUCAGCAGACAUUCUGGGCAUGGAACGGUCUCGGUGGUCAUCUGCGUGUCCAAUGCAAUGUGAAUGCACUCAACCCAGCUCUCAUCUCACUACCGUCACCACCAGCAGAAGCUGUCCUUACUUUUUCAGAAAGGUCCUGACGACACUCGAAACUGAUAAGACUACGAUGUAGGACACUCCACGAUCUAUUUCUAUGAAUCCUUUAUUCUCGAUAGGAUAUUCCCGAAGAGGACAUUCACAUCAUACUCAACAGCUGACAUUGUUGUAUCCUGACAUUCGGAGAGCUUUUUCCUCCCUUCUAUCGGUUCUACUUAAUAAGCGGGUUUGAACACUCAUAGUCAGUCAGAUCUCUGAAGAACGGACGUAAUCAUAAGCACCGGUUCUUCUUUUGGUUAUGUUCCCUCUUUUGCGGCUGUCGAAUUUCAUAAGAGCAUCACGCGACUGUUAGUCGAUUUGUCAACAGCCCAUUAUAGAUUUAUUGCACUGUCUGCUGAAUCGGAGGAGCUUGUGCUGAAAUGAACACAUGAUCCCAAACUUCGGCACGACCGACGCCUAUAAAGCUUCCCACUUCAGCGUUGCUUGUGCAAACUGCAAACAAUGGAGACCAGUUGCGUUCGAGAGUGUGAAACUAUGUUUAGUGAUACGGUCAAUAUGCUGUUCGCCGUUGAGCAGACAUUCGUAGGAUUUUCGGCCUUCUGCAAGAGCCAGAAUACCGCCUUCGACGGUUUCGCCAACUACUUCCACGUCUGCAGCAUUUGGACCCGAGAAGCCAAAGGAAAGCUGAUUGAUCGUCUGACAACCUGCGGAGGCAGACUUCGCCUGACCGAGAUGAAACCCAUGUACCAGUUCCCCCUGCCGGAGGACACCUCCAUCACCACGCUCCUGCAGAUGUCGCUGGACAUGGAACGCUGUGUCGAACAGCAGUUCAAGAGUCUUCUUAAAUUUGCGAACGAACGUGAAACCAUUCCGGUGCAGGAAUUUGCUCGUGAAAUGCUGGUUGGACAUGCUGAUUGUAUUGCUCACCUUGUUCGUCACCUGGAGAGCACAAAGUCCAGUGAAUCGGUCUACCUCUAUGACCGAAUGACAAUGCAACCCCUGGUCGAUAAGUAUGAACGUCACCAAGGGUCUCACGACUUCCACUAUUAGCAUUGUACCAGAUGUCCUGUGGAUGCGAUAGAAGAGAUUCCAUGUUAACUUCCUUUUUGCUUCUCAGAAGGGUGAUGCAUUCUAGCUUCACUUUGAAACAAGAUGACUCAAAAAGUGUUUUCACAUUCAUAUUUCGGGCAUUUCGGGAAGGAUGUUUUGCCACAAACUGUGAUCGCAUAAACAUAAGUCUGGUUGAAUGUAAGUAAGAAAGCUAUUUCAAGGGUGUUAUGAGUUUUGAAGGACCAUAAUCAUGAUUUUUAAGAUGAUGAACGAGAUAGAGAACAAUGAAGGGACAGUGAUCAGAGCUUUGCUCUUAAGAACGGUUUGAGUAGCCGUUAGUGGACCAAAAAGGCCAUUUUCUAACCAGCCCCGAAUGAAGAAAACGAGAAUAGCCGAAUAAAAGUCCGGUAGGAUACUUUUAAUACGGUAGCAGUCAUAAAUAUUUCAUCAAAAAUGAAGUGAAGACCCACAAGGGAAAUAAGGUGAGUGAAACGUGUAUUUAAGCAAACAAAAAAUAGAUGAGAGGUGUUCCUAAAACAAGGUACAGCAAUAUUGUCAUUUCUGGCUUACUUGUCAGGACCAACCAGCGAUAGCCAAAUCCCAUGCCAGCACAUUUAAGUUCAAUACCGGCUCACCUUCUCUCGAUCGAAAUCGAGAAUAUCGCAAGUCACAUGAGAAUGGCGUACCCCGAUCAAUCUGAACUACAAUCCGUAGACUGAGAGUUCCAACGCAAAGAGAGCGUCACGCUGAGACCUGUCUCGACACAGACCAUCCAUAAAUGGUGGUAGUUACCAGCCCCCUUCCCUACCCCCCUCCCCCCGUGUUCGGUCUUCGUCACCAGCUAGGAAUGGUUUUCUCGGUCUACCCACAUCUGCUGCAGGUCAGGUCAGGCAUGAUCCACAACCACACUAAAUGAAAGUUCGACAGUCUCGGGAGACGAUGUCCACUAUUGUUUCGCUAGGUGGGAGCGGCCGCGACUUGCGCAUUGGUUUUUACUGAAGCCAAUUGGCGCUACUUCCACCCCGCUCUAUCUUUCCACACUCACUGCGUUCCCAGGACAUGAAAAAGUCAAGACGAUCGAAGGUGGGCGCAUUUUAUACACGUGAAACAAAAACACAAAGAAGGGUUUUUAUCAUUUCGUGCGUCCGGUAUUCACGUGUUUAAUUAUCCACUCUUGUGAAAUGAUAUGUAAAUUUUGAAAGAAACGUGUACUUAAAUCGUCUUAAUUUUAGUGUUUCAGAAGCUACUGUACUCUUGUGAAUCAGCAAAUGAAAAAGCCGACUCUUUUGUAAUUUGUAAGUUUCCAGCCUAUGCCCUCUUACAUGAGUUUCCACUGGGCAUGGCUGUGAAUUCUGGUUUUUCAUUCAAAAAGUAAGGAGCACAUCAUGUAGAACCGGUUGGAACGGUUGAAUGAACAUUUGCGUGCAGUUCAUAUUUCCUUGAUGCCUUGACCAUCAAUUGACCCGUAAUAACAUUAUCAUCGGGCCAGGGUAGCUGGCCUAUGGUUUUAACAAGACCACAGGUUUUAUAGUCUGACUUACAUCGUUAAACUAGGUACAAAGCCCAAAAUAUGCCAAAUACACUUAUUCGCAUUUCGACUAGCGCGAAUUCCAACGGGUAAUUUUUGCCUCAGCAAUAUAUUAAAAAGCAAUUUGGUCUCGUUCCCACUCAUCCACGUUCCUUAGGCGGAUUGGCACGGCUACACAGAUUAUGCUAUUUUCAGUGCACGCCGUCAGUUGAUAGAGUCAGUCGAGAGAUGUCCAGGGAAUAUUUCGAUCGACGCCAGUGUUUCUAUUUCAACCCUAUUGCUUGUGCGUCCAAGCGAGACGAAUGACCCUAACUUUUAGCCUGUUAAAAAAAUAGCUAAUGAAAUAGUUGCUGUUAGUGUUCGGUCAUGACGCAAACGCUCGCCUCGCCCGGACACGGGCCUGUUUGUACGCCUACUUUGCGUCUACUGGCUGGGCGUGUUGCCCCGCUCCCUUCGCCUUUGGCAAGCGCGCGGCUGUCCUACCAAAUCUGACCUGUCUAGCGCUCCUACCAUUCCGUGAAUGCGUAGGCGGACACGAUGGAUGCGAACAACCCAGGUCAUCGCUCCAUACAUCCCUGAAAGCUGACGCAGGUUACACCGAAGCGCGGCAGGAGAAAGCAUUUGGCUCGCUUGAAUAUCCAACAGCUGAGUGCUUUCGAAAGCCCACUGGAUCUGGGUAAGGUAACGCCCAAAAUUUAACUUGCCCACUUUUUUUCCGGCCUUACAUUACCACAGCCUUGAAAAUUGUUUUGUACAAACAGGUCACACAGUAGAAGUUGUCUCACACCUUCAUUUGAAGUCCGAUCGAUCGUUUUGAAGUUGAUCGAUAGUCCAACGCCCUGUUUGUCGCUGACGAGUAUAUUAUCAUUUAAUAGCCUUGACGGCGGGCGGACAGUUAAGGAAUCAGCUGUUGACGUAAGGACUUGUGUGCCAAUUUUGUAAAUUCUUUUUAUUUUAAUUUUUAGCAUAUUGUGUGGGAACAGGUUGUUGGCCACACACGUACACUUCCAAACAGAGCACUUCUCCCAAUGUACGUCGAAGUUUCAGUGGCAGUAAAUUACAUACUUUCUCACCUCUACACAAAGUUGCCUCGGCGUCGAGUAGAUAAUUUCGGUGAGGAGCUAGAAAGGGGUCUCUUCCGAAAACUACAACCACACUGGUUUACCGAAGCUCCUGCUCAGGAAGCCUCGCAGAGAUGUCUUCACACUUGCGGUCCACAGGCCGACUUUCUGCUGGCUGAGGCUGCUGCUGCUAGUGGUCUGGAUUGGAGUGAAAUUCAAGCAUGUCUUCCAACCGGGCUGGUUAUUUCCAUUGAUCCGGGUUAUGUGGCUUGUCAGUUUGGCUCUAUACCACCAAGCGACUGCUCUUCAAUGCUAAACUCGACCAAUGCCUGGGUAGCUGGUGGCUUCAACUCAACUAGCUUAUCUUCUUCGGGAUGUUCAUCGGCAUCUUCCAUAUCUUCCAAUGCUUCCUCAGGGUCCUGGCCAAAGACGAAGUACCAAGUGCUUUAUUCAGUGUCCUCCAGAAGCAACGGCAAUUUGGCAGUACCAAACAGUGAAAAGAUGUCGGAGAUUCCUCCACCGGAGAUUAAGAAGGUUUCUGAUGAUUCGGAACCGCAUUUGGCCACUGAGGCCGCUCUCAGCGUUCUUACAGAGCCCGACGAAAUCGUGAACGGCACCAACACGCAAAGUCAACAAAGUCAUGGUUACGAUUUCGCCCUAAGGGAUCAUAAUCAACCAAUUACUAAUACUCAGAAGGCCGCUAAUGAUGUUAACCAAAUUUUUAAUGCGGCUCUUGGUGAUAGUGCCUCCUCGAACAACAACUCCGAGUCGGAAGUCAAGCCGUAUAUACAAAAUGCUGCUCCGAGGGGUUCAGAGACUAAUGACAGUGGUGUGAGUAAUGGCGCAGUCAACCCAUUCGUAUCUGCCGAUGCGACGGGCGAUGGAACGUUCUUUGAUUCGUUCGCCUCGGAAGCACAGAGUAAAUCUGUAACAUCCGAGGUCGAGCCAUCUUUCCCAUUUAAUUUUCCAGUGAAACAAACUCGAAUGUUGCUGAACAUGGCAAAUCCUCUUGACGGAAAUGGAGAACCCGAAUUUACACCCUUUGACUAUCAACAAGGACCGCAUAUGCCAACUUUCAACACCGCCCAAAACUUUAUCCAGAAAUCUACUUCCACACCAAGUUUUACGGCGGCUACCUUCGCACAAACGAAAUUCGGGUCGACAAAGCUAAAAAGUCAGAGCAAGAGACCCCAUCGUCUUGUUUCGCCCUGUGACUUGCAAGCUUCAACUUACUCUUCCCAAUUUGUUGAGGCUAUCGGACAAACACCAGUCACAGCGGGACAAGUAAGUUAACACUGUUCCCUCUACCUUUUUAGUUUUUUGACAAUCGGCAUUUCUGCUACCUCCAAGCCAGAAUUAUUUAAAAGCCAUCUAUCUUAACAGAUAAUGCGUAACAAGUCCAUGAUUGCAAAUGGGAAGAGUGGAUCGAUGAAACAAAACUUUGUUCGCUAGACGUUUCAGACUCGCAUCUGUACCAAUAAUAAAAAAAGAGAAAGAGAGAGAGAGAGAGAGUAAAGACUUCACCAAUCCCUGUUCGUACAGAAUACGACAGGACGCGGGAACGGGACCUCCUAGUCCAGGGAUUUUGCGUCAAUUUACGGGGAGAUUUGGGUUAGUGUUAAGGUCAGGUUUAGAGUUGAGCUUAGGAUGAGGGCUGAGUUUAGGGCUAGAACAUAGAUCGAGAUUAGAGUUAGGUUUGGGGUUAGGGCUAAGGUUUGAGCUAGGGUUAGCGUUAGGACCCAAGCACAAGGUCACCUGUAUUGCUGGGUUGGAGUUUCCAUUCCUGUCUCUGGCCUAUUAAAAAUCAUGUUAUUAAUGAAAAUCUGUGAAAUUUGCCAAAUGUAAGAAACAUCUGAAGAAAACGCCUAGGAAGAGUAAGUGGUCAGAACUAACAACAUUAGCAAAAUCGACUGCCCAGGUCAGCGCUGAACUGUGCUGUUUUCAUGGCAUAGUUAAACUGUUACAUGUUGGUAGCUGUUUGAAAUUAUUGUCGAUUUCUGAGAAAAUAAGCCAUCUUAAACCGAAAUUAACGCAACCACACGAUAGGUUCAACCAGUUAUAGUUUUACAGACAGCACCUUUUUUAUGUGUGAUUAGCUGGUGCCUCGCAAGUAACACGAAAAUUCUUUGUCGUGAGUGCAAGCGGUGUUUGCUUAUAUGAGGCGAAUCCGUCAUCCUGUUAAGGUCACACAUGAGCCUGAUUUCGGUAGGCUUAUUUAGGUAUGCACGUGCAGACUACAUCCUUUGCUUCGUAUUCACUUUCCAAAAAUCCCCUUUUCCUGUUAGGUCAGAGCGUAGGGUAGGAAAGCGGUUGAUCGGCUUUUUUCUGAGUUUAGAUAGGCUGAAGAAUAGUACUCAGUCAAAGUAAUAUUCCCUAUCUUUUCUAACUCCCUAUCCCUGUUUUCUAAUUCCUGUUAAUCUUCGGUAAUCACUUCACUGGGAUUGCACAGCACGCUAAAAACACGAACGCAGUUCCUUAUUUUAAUCAUGAGGAUGUGAUACAAAGUAGAGAUCCAUCAGUCGAGUUUUUGAGGAGACGCGAGGUGGGCCGAGGGCGGGUCGAGACAUUCACUACCGGAGAUGACUUAAGACUGGGGGGAUCUAAUUUGAAAAAGUCAACUCCCUUUCAAAAUGAUCAAUAAAAGAGUCAGAAGCUUGCUAACUCUGAACCACCUUGCUUUCUAGCCACGAUUUCAUUUCGUAUUCUUGCGCGUGAAAAUCGGCUGUCCGAAGUCGAACGAUCGUCUGUUUGCGUUUUGCAAGGCGAUAACGAACCUCCUGGAGGAAGGACGACGUCCUCCUCCAGCGAACAAUAUCAGCAGUCCUUAGGCAAGAUCUUGAACGAUUUCGUCUUAGGAAACUACCAAUAAGUUAUAGCACGGAAAGUUACCGACUUUCACUGCUAUCUGUCUCACGGGGCGGAGACUUCAAUCUGUAUCAUAUUCUUCUCAGCUAAACCGUAUACCCAUGCACGGUAUCCAUCAGUCGACGGAGUUGAACCGUGGAACAGAUAAACUGACCACAGGUUGUUUAAACGCAUAGUAAUUUCGGAUGUCAACCCCUAACCUUGGUGUUGGAUUGGUGCAUCGCUUCCAUUCGCCUACAAAUUUUGGUGGGGAUCUUAGGUCUUUUGUCCGCGUCCACAGUAACAGCUUCCUACGUUAGCUGCCAUGACCUUUGAGACAUCAGAUCAGUCGGUCUAGACAAGUCUUUUUCAUCUUUUUGUUUCGAAGAGAAGUUCUGGCUACCAUUUUGUUUUACCUAGGAUUGGCCUUUUAUAUUGAGGGAUAAUGAUCUUAACUGAGUGUCCCCAGGUGAAGUGCAUGGGGGACGGUUUUUACGCACAUGUGCAAAACGACAUUUACAGGGAACCUGGAUUCUCUGCGUCAGCCGCAAGUUACGGAACUCCGCAGGAUCCUCCUGAUGUGCAACCUACAAUUGCCCUCACCUAACACAAUGAUGGACUUUUUGUGCGGAAGGCAACUAGAAAAUUUUUAGGUCGUCAUUUUGGAGGUUUAAGUUGUGUCUGCUAAAAUUUACCAUGAUAGUCUCAGGAUUCUGAGUUGCGGAUGGGUUAUGCUGCAUCAACCUCCGACUUUCCGAAGCCAUAUCCCCUUAGUUCACUUUGAUUUGAAAUUCUGGUACCUAAGGAUAAAAUUUAGUAGUGUGGGUAAAGCAUGCUGCCUAUAAUCUUUACUCUGAAUCCAUAUUCUUUCACCCGAAUUGACGAUGCGCCUGACUUGAUGAACUGUUUGAUUGGCGGGCAUAUCCAAUCAAUGGCGAUAGGAGCUAGCUCUCGUACAGCAAAAUAAGGCGUUGGUGCUCCUGUUUGGUGUUUCGAGUCUCUGCAAGUAAAGUAUAAAACUAGCACUAAGGGUGUAUUCGAUGACUUUCUCGCAGGAAAACUAUACAGCUUUUAAAACCGCCCUCUUCGAGACUCAGACGUUAUUUGUAAAACUUUCGAAAGCUUCGCUGGCAUUUGUGGAAGUUUUUCCCCAGGCCUGACCGUGGUUGACAUCCUUUUUCCGAAUGGGAGCGAAAUGCGAGUUCCUGGUCCUCGUCUUAUAAAGAAGAACAAGAUGAUAAGUCGGACAUUGGGACUAUUAUUUGCUUUGUCUGAGUCACCGAAACUCUUGCUCGAGCCAAUGCUCGGCAACAAAAAAUGAGCUGCACUUAUAUCGCCGCACGGUUCGCCAGCCGCAUAUCUCCUUGACCGAAGAGUGGUGGCACCAACUAGCAUUAGGAUCCUCUCACGGGGAAUAGGAGACGCGGAUCUACACGUCGCUUUAUACAAUUUUGAUUCGGGAACCCAAUGUCUCAAGUUGUUGUCCUCACCCUGGAUGCAAACACCCAGUCAAACUUCGCCCAUGUAGAGGCGAUGGCGAGGACCGUUACCGAAAGCGUCUGGAGUCUAGACCUCGGGAUGCAACUGGAUAAUUUUAGUAUACCAGUCUGCCUUCAGCCUAUCAUGCGUUGCGACUUUUCUACCGGAUGUUAGGGGUUAUUAUCGACCAAGGACACACAACAAACCACUUGUUAUUACUUUGUGGUUUUGCAGACUGAGCUCUCACAGAGGUCCGGAAGCCCAGGUGCACAAAAGGAAAUGUCCGUCAUUCAAGUUGUGUCAGUUAUUCAAUUAUGUUCGCCUUGCGACAUGAGCAGAUUGGAAAUUAUGUAAAAGUUACACCACAGAUGCAUCCUAUUUGAUAUUAUUCACAGCCGCUUCAAAGACCAUAAAAGUUAGGGAGUGAAUAUAGCUCAUUCUUGCAUUUUCACUUUUCGAUGUGCCACACACUAAGGGGAGGUCAGUUAAACUAGCCAGUGCUGUUACCAAUCAAGCAUACUUGCCAUUAUAUCAUGAAAAUGUUCUGGCCACUCAGAAGUUUUGCUUCGCAAGAAUGGAGUCAAAAUCGAGUCUGCCAGGUCCUGAAUCGACAUACUGCCAGCGAUACUAAGAAUCGGAUUGGUCUGUAUAGUUUAUUCAUAUAGGAAUUGUCAUUUCCGACUAAGAUAUUGUUGUUUCAGCUGAAGCCAACAGAAUACUUUGGUUCUUGCAUGCAGGCACCCAAACUUUUCAAUGUUACUUAGGAUUUUUAAAGUUUCUGUUGUCGCAUCUAUCUUCUAAAGUUGAGACACGUCACCUAUUUACCACCUAGUUAAACGAACGUGCAGCUUGUCUCAAUGAUUUGCGUCGCGCCGGAGGACUGUAUGCUGGCGUGCCUAACUUGAUCCAAGAGGCUACUCGAACUUACUUUGGAAACUUUCCAACCCAACUGGAACGACCUCACGAUGUCUCUGCGGCUGCGGGUGUAGCUGGAGGAUUCUCCAGUUUCUUCGAAGCCAAGCAUUUCAACGGCUGCAGCAACGCCACCGUCACUACCACAAACAGUGGCAACAUCGGCGGCCGUUCUGGUAUGGUACCAAACAACGCACUAUGGUCCCAGUUUGAGAAGAUUCGCAACGAAUUUCAACUCAAGAAUAGUCAGUUUGUGGAUACCAACCCCUCUGAGGCGGUUUUGACGAACUUUCGUUCUAAUUGUGCCAACUUGCCGGGAACAUACUCACCCACUUUCAAUGAAAACAACAGUACGAUCAAUUCCCUGACCAAAUGUUUAGCCUCUUCUGGCAGGAAGGAUGCGAAACUCGUGUUUACUGCAACAGAGGGCUUUGCUUUAGGCAAUGGUGGUCAACUCUCAGGAUUCCAGGCUCCUGACAGCAUGGAAAGAUCAGCAGCAGCAUCCGGUGCGGAUGCAUAUUUAAGUCUCAGGAAUCAGCCACAGACUGGAGCAAAAGUGAACGGGUCAUCAAUGGAUUCUGCCCUGAAUAAUUCAAAAACAGUGGCCUCCAACCUCUAUGCAGAUGAGAGUGUAAACCCUGAUCUUCAAGACUUAUGGAACUCUCAAAAACUGGGUGGAUUUUGCUGGCCGCAUGAGAAACCGUCACCAAUGUUGGAGGCUUCUUCUUUGGGGCAAGUUCUUAGUGGUCUAAAUAUAUCUGAGCGUUGAACCUUCACAGCGACCCACUCCUUUAGUCCUACAGGAGGUCAUUCAGUCGAACUUCUUUAAGUAUAUCAACAUUCCAGGCGUAAUUUUUAGGUUUCUUUUUCGCAAGGUUCUUUAUGAUAACUUUGGUACUGACCCUAAUGUAUGCGCUGAUUUCCUCACAAUAAUUUGUCUGUUACGCAAAACUUUACGGCACUCGUCGUUGUCAUCCCCCACUCCUCCUCCCCCUCCUCUCCUUUCACUCUUCUUUCCCCUCCCCUUGCGUUUCUUCUCCCUCAUCUUUCUCUUCCUGCUGCUCUUCUUCUUCUUCCUCCUCCUCCUCCUCCUCCUCCUCCUCGCCACCGUCUCCUUUUCUUCCCAACCUUCCUCUCGACUGACGUUUGACACCUCUUUUAUACAACCUUGCCGACUUCCAAUUUCACACAUUGAACAAACAAACAAACAUCAAACAGCUACCGUUGGUUGGGCUGAAUAUUGGAAGCCCAUGCCUUUUUGCAACGUAUGUUCGCCUCGAAGAUAACUAGGCGGAAAAAGAGGAGGUUUUACACGCACAUUUUCACCACCCAUCGCGUCUCCACCUUCCCCGUCCUAAUGCAUACACCACCGAAUUUGGUGCUGCCACCACCGCCCGUACACGAAUCUAUGUCUUUCCAGAGGUUUCGCUUUCCCAGCUGGGGUGCGAAUUUCACUGCCGCCACUACCAUUGCAACCGCAACGCGUGAUUUUUCCCCAAGAUUUUCAACUUCUCGAUCCAGAACUCAUGGUUCUUGCUUUUGAAAAAAGGGACAAACUAUUAGCGGGACAACUUUUACCACUAGUACCAAUAUCAAAACACGGACGCCAAGAAGUUCCGUCUUUGUUGUUUGAACCCAGCAACCACUGACAUCGUCAUCGCACAAGUAGCCGCCUAGGCACCCCUUCGCUGUAACCUUCUCAAGUCCUCAUUGAGUGUUCAGUCUUUCUUAUUUUUUUAAUCCGAUGUCUCUUGAUUUGUACAACCCUACUUAAUACACGAAUUCGCUGAUAUCCUUAUGCAUAAUUUUCUAGUCCCGACCCCUCUACGUUGCCGUCCCCUCUAUGUACGUCAUGGGAUUCUCUUCGCUUCCGUUCAUUCAUCCCUUCACUCUUUCUUUCUCUCUCUCUCUCUGUCGCCUUUACAUGUUUUUUGAUCCGUCUACUCCCGAAUGUCUAGAGGUGUUAGUUCAUUCCAGUCUUAAGAGCUACUGAAUAUACUGACAUCCUGCUGGCUUCCUAAUGCAAGGAAUAUGUGUGGCGAUGGAUCACCUUUCAUUCGUCCUACUCAUGCUCACCACCUUUCGCCCUACAGUAGAGGGAAUCUCUUGAACAUCUGCGCCUGGCUUUUAUUGUCUCAUUACGUGGAGGUCAGUCCUUGAGUCUACACCACAAGAACUGUCUCUGUCCUCCGCGUGUACUUCCAUACGGUAACACACAAGGCUCUAUCUGUUCUAUGUAUAACAGGCGGCCCGUCGAGCACUUAACAUUUCGACUCCCGAAUGCAGUGCAACGACGAAUGCCACCUUUUGCAGCUAUUUAUAUAGCUUUUCAGUAAAGGCAGACUUAAUUUUUACCUGAGCUUGAGUACUUUUUCAUGUUUAUAAUUAAUGUAUCAUAUACAAAUAUAAUAUACCAUAAUUUAGUAACUUGGCCCCCUUCUCUCUGCUUUCAUCCUUUCGAAAAGUCUGAAGAAAGUUUCGGUUUAGUCAGGAUAUGACGCCAAGCGGGAUGCUGUCGGCUAGAUUGCUAAAGUCCGCGUGAAUUUACAGGAAGGAUCCCAUGAAUAUUCGCAGCGAACUGAAUGCAUCGACAAAAUACAGGGAGGUAUUAUUAUGUGCCGGCGUUAAGGUUAUAUUGAUUUUUACUAAUAAAGAUAGCAACAAAUAGUUCAACCAGUCCCGUACUCCAGGUUGACCGAAUUUCAAACGAUCAAUAUCAUGUGUGACCUGUCGGUGGAAAACUCUCUGAACAGUUGCCGAUCCAUGCUAUACCUCAUAGACCGCAAACUUGAAGAAGUUCCGAGGGUGCAUCUUUAAUACACUCAUUCAUGUCCUCAGUUUACCCUUUUCAUAUAGUCGCCAGGGUAGAAUAUAACGAAAUAAGGGUUCAGAUAACGUUUCUUUCGCAAUUUUGCGGCACGUGGGCGAGUCCUUUGAGUUGUCAGGUAGAGAGACCACAAAUCAUAGGUUUUUUAUCUGACCAACGGCAUAUUCGUCCUUUGGACACGCGAUUGGGGAGUUUGGCUUACAAAGGGGAGCGUAGUUCCAAGAAAAAUAACGCUUCUAGGCGUCAGGCACCUUCUGAGCACAUAGCGUGUCUCACCUACAUAAGGCUGUCUUGGUGGAGGUCAUGUGUGUUUCAGCUUUCUAAUCUCCCCAGAAUGCUUUAAAGUGGACUUUUCCAGGCUCGGACCGCAGGCGCGCCAUGCAGCGGCAGAUACUCGGCGAAACGCCUACCUAGACAUUUGACUGGUACCUCUGCCUUGUAUGCUUUCAUUCUGUUUUGCUGACUGCAUGCCGGUUCUAGAGGGGCCACGUGACACUGUCUUACUCAAUACUUAUUUACAUCCUUAUCCUUAUGCAUAGUAAAAAUGUUAGUCUAGAUUAACAAAAUCAGUCCUUGAGUUGAAGAAAUUUCCGCUUACAAUGAGCAGCCUGAUGACGGUUCGAACGCCGCAAACGACUACGUUCACCGUGUGGAUGCAGCACCGGUGACUUGCUUGCGAGCUAGUUUAUGGUGGUAGCAGACUUGCGCAGCAUCUGUCACACUCUCUCCUAUUUGCCCACUUGGAUCCGGUGACAAGACGGCGUCAGGAUCGUCGGAGACGGACUCGGUCCAGUGGCUGGCAUUGCUAGACAGCCUGUCGACGCGUGCCACAAGCGACCUGAUUCCCGCCACGUAUAGCAGGCGUUCACAGGGACGGCUCUGAGUGUGAGGGUGCUGUGUAGGUCACAUUAAGGGGGAGCCAUUGAGACUGAUUUCUGGUCCUCAGGUCCGUCCCACCCAUAAAUACACGGUACGGACCGCAAAGUCCGAGUCAUGCCGAUAGUUAAAAGUUGUCCAAACCAUGACUUUUAGCACGGUAAGAUAGAUUCGAACGCACCAGAUUUAUUAUAACGGGAAAUGCGCCGGCGUGUCAUGGGGAUAGAUUCACCAAUGUCGAUUACACCACAUCUUUCCUAGCCCCAUGAACCAGUCGACUGUCAGAGCCUGUCAGCUAGUUGAUGAUGGGAUUGGGUGCAGUAACUGACAGAGUUAGGCAGUCUGUCUACGCGUGUCACAUGCGACCUGGUUUCCACUUCAUUUACCGGAGUAGACCAAGAACAGGUCUCCCAUGUACGUGCGGUGUGCAUGUUCCGGCAUACGUCGUAACAUCCGUCAUACCGACGAUGGUGAGUCGGUUCACACGCCGCUGGUGAGAGUUUGGGUGUUACGAGUGCAGCGCGUGAUGUGGCACAGGUUUACAUGGGGUCUGGUAGGUUGGGAUGUGAUAGCAGGAUUUGAACUUCAGGUGUUGACGCAGAUUAUCACUGGAGCGCAUGUGGGCGAGUAGGUUCAUGAGAGGACUGGAUGUUAUUGGGCAGUGUGGGCAGGUGAGGCGAUUGCAACGAAUGUCUGUUGGGGCCUCUGACACUGAUUCACCGGUUAACACUGCGACUGGUUCGCAAGUGAUCGACCAAGCCGAUGCGUGUCGUAAAUGUGCGGUGUCAGCAAAGACAGGACGGAGUUAUGGUUGUAUGUUAUUACCGACAAAGACAUGGGAGACUCACGAAUGGAAGAGAAUAAGCGCAUCCCAGGUUCAGGUUUAAAAGAAGACGAAGGCAGGAGCACUGGGACAGUAGUUUUAUUGGCCUGAGCUUUCGAACUCGAACUGGAGUUCAUUAGCAGAGACUGCUAGGUGGCGCAGCUCAUAUCGUCGCGAAGUAUAAACGGCGUCACCACGCCGGGGGACCAUCGUGUAACAGGCGGCACAAACCAGACCUAGCCACGGACGUAGCCCCCCCCCCCCCUCCCCUGCAUGGAAUUACGACAUAAAUGUUCACAUGUUGCUGCACUCUAGCAGUCUCCGAUGAUGAAUUCCAGUUCGAGUUCGAAACUCCGGCCAAUAAAACUACUGUCCCAGUGAUCGUGACUUCGCCUUCUUUUAAGCAAGGGAGACAGGAAUGGCCAUUAUGGUUAUUGAGUCAGUUGUGGUGCCAACGCUGGUGAUGGUGCCGUUGGUAUGCUGAUGAUGGAGGAGGCUUCGGGUGUGGGUAGUGGGUUUGUCAAGUUGACAUCGCGACGAAUUCCUCUGUCGUGGACGCGCAUGUGGAGGAAAAAACUCAUGCGGUGCGUGAAUGCCCUGGGCAUUUUCAGCUGGUUAGGCGCGUGCGACAGAUGUAUAUCGCGUCCCCAUGCGCUGGCCCGCCACUCCCAUUGUGAUGACUGCGCAAGUGACCGACCAGGCUAAUAAGUGAUGUGAAAUUGUUAUCGCAAUGGAGACGGGUUGGGAUUUAACGAACAUUACUGAUAGAGGGGACGUUGGUGGUUGUGGUUGACAGGACGUCGGAAGUGUUCUCGCCGGCUCUAUGGAUGCUGAUGGUCAUAGCUGUCGUGGGGAUUGGGAUAAUUGUGAUGGGCGCGUUUUUUGAGACGGGAGGAAAAAUUAUUAUAUGGAUAUUUCAUUGGGUUCGACGAUGUCCGACGAGGCCUAUUCGUGUGCAUAAUGUCAGUUGACUAUGUGGACCUAGUGAAAGGGCCUGGAGAUUUGAGUUGCUGGUCUUUGACUUCGGAGACCUGCACGCCGCUCUGUCUACCAUAGCAACGGACAUCUGAUUGGCUUCGAAGAUGGUCGCCGCAGUCUUUGCGGUUUUACCCCAGGUCUACUUAUCAUGAGCGAGAUUCAUCCAAGUCCCCGGACUGAGUUACAGAUGUUUGAGGAGAGUCUCUAGGGUGUACUUGUGACGGCCUUUUCGGCCUUCUUGUCGACAAGCACCCUUAACGACGUCGUUGAAUCAGGCAGAUACCUUCAAUUCCUUAACCCCACGCAGUCAUCAUUGCUCUGGAAAAAUUCUUCCUGAACACCAGCUGAAUACGCGCCAGUCUGCGGCAGCAUUCUGCAUGUACGCGAAAGAGCUUGUCAGCACCUUGAUCUCAUUAGAAUAGUCAUGAUCUAUAAUGCACGGAACAGAACUUAUUCCGACGCAAACAGGUUUCACGACGCUGUUUAACCGUUAUUACAAAAGAAAGUAGCUUCGGCGGACGACGGGAACGUCAAUGAAUUCACUGUUUCAACCACCGGAGGCUUGGUCCUGAUUCUCUUAUAGUGGACUCGAACCAAAUUGUAAAUCGAUGGCAUUUUAUACUGCCGUACGAGGGACUUCGAAGGGAUCUGGAGUGGGGUGAAGUAGGAUGCUGCCACAAGAUCCAAGGUUGUCAAACAGCAUUUCGUGAUUUCUGCGGAAAGCCGGUCCUUGCGAAGGGCUUUGUUGUUCCGUAAUUACAUCAAGGCACAAAGGCAACGAGCGGCAGGCCACAUUCAUAAUUAUGCUCGGUUUUCGGAGCAUCCUCAAAAUGACCAGCAGUUGAGAUCUCUAAGCCCAUCACUCUUAGGAUUUAAGCGGAAUAAUCCUCCUGCCCGAGAAGUAUUUUAUCGCAUGUGGACAAGUAUCUAUUGCCCAAGUAGACGAAUCUCCAGGUUGGCUUGUCGUAAGGAUUUGAUAGAGUAAUUUUGAAUGACCGUUUGAUUAAAUGCAUUCACUGUCUUAGUUGCAGUCGUGCGCUGUUGAAGAUAUUACCUUCUGCCAUAGGCGUCGGGGUCCGGGGUUACCUUAAAGACGAGCAACUCAGAUUACCAGGUCAGUAGGUCAGCCGAUUAGUUAUUCGAUCUUGUCAGAGAUGCCUGCUCCGACCUAGACCCCAAUGUUAAGUUCUUUGGAAAGUGUGCUUCAGUUCGAGCCCAUUAUUUUCGACUGAAGACGACUCAGGCUUAGCCAUCGUCUGCGACAGUGUAGCACAGUGAUUUAGGAUAUGUAAACUGAAGCCCGUGGUAGUGACUAGACGCUUAAAACGGUACAUUCCAUGCUUCUUUGCGGUUUUCUCCUUUUUAAGAACACAAAGUACGCAUCGUAGUCAAGUCCUCUCGAAAGCAGAAUUACAGAAUUUCUCGCUGCGGAUUACGGCAACCCACGCGCAGCAUAGGAGCAGUACCAGAAGCGGACAAUUGGUACAGCCAUGCAAUAUAGUUCCAUUAAGAUUAAAAUUUGCCCAUCAUGCCCAAAAAGGCCUCUCAUUAUGCAAUGGCUUAAAAUUUGCCUAAUAAAAACAUCACACUUUUCCACUCUGUCAUUAAGAUAUCCCGCAAAACGAUGUGACAUACUAAGACGAUCCCGAAAACCGUCUGCGACUCGCUGUAUUAAACGUAAAGGCGCACAUCCUGAUAGCUGUACUUUUGACGACGGUACCAAAUGCAUUUCCCACUAAAACCGGUUGUCAGACCACCCGAGUGUCUAAUCCGUUUGCGGCUAAAUUUAACCAGGACUGCUAUAGGGUUCAUAACCCUUGACGCGCCUGAAAGCCAGCAGCUUGGCUAACAACCCGAUUGCAGAUCAAGAUACGAACUAUUCUGCUGUUCAUUGGGGCUCUGGUCGCACAGAUGGGUGACACUGCUUAUUCCCAUCCACAGCUGACAACUUGGAACCCGUAGUUCGAGUGUUAAAAGCGUUUGAAUUGACUUAAUGAAUCUGGAUCUAAACCCCGAUGGGUCAGUAGCUGGGCUUUGGAUAUGCCCGUUUGGUAACGACAAAUAGGGGGCCUGUAUACUAACUUUUUGUUGCAGCCAGCUGCUGGUGUGGGACUCCGUUCAAACUACUGUCCUACGAGAUGGCGACUGUGCAUGCGCCUGAACACACUUAUAAAAGUGAUCUGACCCUAGAUGUGCGAUGUUUGCAAACUCUGGAGCAAGAAAGCAGUCAGCCACCCUCACUGGGGCACCAGUAGACUUGCCUUGAUUAAAGGUCAUUACGUUCAUCUUCCAUACGUAAAUGUGGAAUGGGCCAUAUUCCGCAAUGUUGUCACUGAGACUUGUCUUACUCACCUAAACCUUAACAGACGCAAAGGAAAAAACCGGAUGCUGAAAGACCACUGUUUCCUUGUUCUUGCUGAGGCGUCCGAUUCCAUUGACAGAAGUGCCGUCUAUGUAAUCAUAAAGAAGCCCGUGAGCCUAAUUAAAGCAUGCUGUAAACUCCCGAAAACGCGAGAGUAAUAUGAAGGAAGCGAGUGCUUCACUAUCGGUGGUGCUUUCACCUUUGACGUUGACUCUGCCGGCGACAUCGAUCCAAUUGGAAACCCCGUCAGGUAGGCGCAAUUUUCUUUGGAACAUAUACUCCUCAUCUCCUAAAAAUUCGGCCUGAAAUGAAGUACUGGACAUACAUCAGGAUGUAAAUCUCCAAAGUCACCUUCGCGCACGAAAAUCAGAAAUCUUUCGUUUCGAAUCAUUGAUACUAGUGACUUUGCGAAUCUCACCUAAAAAUCCCCCACCAAACACGCCCGGGGUGUUCCUGCGCUGUGCGCUUUCAUCCGCAUUCGUUGGGUCUACCGAGGUCUUGGACAACUUAAACAAAAUAAUUUACUUCUUUUUGAUAUCUGAUUUCACAAUAUUUGAAUAACAGGCCUCAAUAAACAGAAAGGUCAGAUUUCCAAACUUUGUUUAAGGAAUAAUGAACAUCUAAUCAUAUUGCACUCGUAGGAAAAACUUUAACCCUUGGACUUUUAGGGACUGAAGCUUCUGGUUUUAAGCGUGCAAAACGCGAAGGAUUAGGGCCUGAUUGAUGCCAAAACUGUUUUCUCAGUCCCUUCUGUCCUUUUGACACUUCUCUGCUUACAUUAGUCGUCCCUAUGCAACUGUCUGUGAUGGAUCUACAACGAGCUCCAGGCUCUCGUAGCCUAGUCGGUGAACGACUCGUACACUACAAUAUAUAAAGUAGAUGGUCUAACUCAUGAAAUUUCGUGGUCGAAAUUUGAGUGAGAAGUGUGUCAUACAUUUGGUAUUGUUAUUUGCGUCCAUUGAAAUGAUUUGAGACAGAAAGCCAUUUACUGAAGCGGGGUUCACUUCAAGUCAGAUUUAUCAAAGGAAAACAGCCAGAUUUGGGCGAAAUCUGACCUUCCUUGAUAUUUGAAUAAUUCCCUACGCUAUGGAAAUCUGCAGAUCAAAACUCCAUGUUUAUAUACGUUGUGCUGUAGGCAAAGAUUACUAUAAACAGGAAAAGUACGAAACAAAUCCCUUCAGGAAGUGGGAAAUUUGAUUUUGCUUCCAUGAAAAUCAUGUGAGCGCGGGUAUGAACACUUGCAUUGGUUUCAAGAAAAAAGGGUGAAUUCAGCUUAUAAAAUUCUUUUUUGUAAAUUUAUGGCUUCUCAUGCCAAAGAAGUCAGUAAUAAAUUUUUUCGAUAGUGGUUUGUUUUACCACACCGAGAACUACCAGGCGUAAACGGAUGCAUAUUGAGUACGCGCGACAUGCUGUCACCAGGCGAUAAAGAUUUCCAGGCAGUGUCUUUCAACAGUCGACUACGAAAGCAUAUAUAGAAAUUGGCAGCGGAAGGGUCGUUGCGUGAGUCGUUAGCAUUUUCAAUAUUAGUGAAGUCACUCCGUAGUGAAUACUUAAUGAUAGAACCGUACCCAAAAAUAAGCAGGGUGGACCAAAACGGUCCACAAGCAAACAAUGAGACAAUUUUAUUCGUCGUACACUGAAGAAGUAUUACUAUAUGCCCACUUAGACCAUUCACAGGGAGCAUCUGCGGUGUUAUCUAUGAACAUAAGUAUGAAAAGGAUGCGAGAGUUUGAACUUCCGUCAGUAAGAAGAGGCUUUAAUGCAGCCAACGCUCUAACCAUCUGAGCUAAGAGGCCCCACUGAACGAAGCGAGUUUAAUCCCGCUUGGGUCAAGUUUACUCGCCCAACUUACUGCAACGUCUGGUACCCCCAAAUCUGAUACAGUAAGCCAAGUUCAUCAACAAAAGGCCAUGAUCAAGCAGUUUUUAAGUAGAAAACUUGUGAGAGAACGUUUUUACUUGUUAAGAACUAUAUUGACUACCGACCCUCAUUCUGGAAGAGCAUUUACUUUUGCGAUGAGGUCUUAUUUUUAUACAAGCCGAUGUAGUUGACCUAGAUGGUCAUAUGCGGAAAGAAUUUCCCAAAAGAGCAUGCUGCGCCGACUGGAUAGCGUAAUUUCACACGACAAUGUUCCUGUCCAUCGUUCUAAAGAAGUAUGUAUCUAAUAACACUUUCAACCAUCUAACGCCGUACCUACUGAGCCGCGGACUCGUUGUCAUGCCAGUUGCAAUUAGGUGUAUGCAAUGGUAGAUGGGCGCUCACCGGUCGCGUUACGGAACUCACUCGUCCCGUUGUGAUUUGGGACUCUUUCUCGAGCUCGGCCAGUAGCCGCAUAGCGGCGCGUAAUAUAUACAGAAUGACAUUACUAACAAAAGCAAAGAAGACUGGAAUGACCAUUUCUGGUUUAUUACCCUACCGCAACUGACAGGCCAACGAGCCAGUGGCCCAAUUAUUAGGACAUUGAAUUUCUAAUUAACAGGUCGCGGAAUCAAGCCCUAGGCGUUCACACCUCGGGAUUGGGUAUGAUUGGCUGUCGACGGCUAUUUAGCCAAAAAUGGUCAUUCCGAUCUCCCUUUUCUUUGUCGGUAAUGUCAUUCUGCGCACACACAUAUAUAUAUAUAUAUAUAUAUAUCAGAGGGGAGACGACAGAGUCUGGGGGAUAGAUUGAUACAGCACUGUUUCGAGCUUGUUUGCCUUCAUGCAGCUAAUCAUAACCCUGACCACCAGCUGAGACCGGAAACACAAACAUGGGUACAGACACACCUGGCGCAGCUGGUCCACCACUGGGGUCUACCAGAUAAGUCAUAAGCACUUCAUCGAACCGAACUUCAUCAGUGCCUCGCCACCCGCCGUUCUUUGUCGCUGCAGAUCGGGUAUUUAUUCACUCAGGAAUGGGCUCACACCGAUCCAUUGGCUUCCCGAAGCAAAAAAGCUUCGUAUGGGCGAUUGGGGUCACGAGCAGGCAACCACCUACUUCGGGAAGCCAAUUGAUCAGUGUGCGCCCAUUCCUGAGUGAAUAUAUAUAUAUAUAUAUAUAUGAAAAAGGAAGAGGUUUUUCGAAAAAAACGAGUUGUACUCGCGUACAACUCGAUUUUUUUUCCGAAGAACCUCUUCUUUUUUCAUUAUAUCGUCUCGGAAUGCAUACCACUUCUGCUCUACAUAUACAUAUGCUCUCAAAGAUUCGAGUUCCAUGUGCCUUUAUGUAUAUAAUGCGAAGAGACAGGCAACAAACUACUGAUUUUUGUAUUUCUGUUUUCGUCAUUUUCCCGCUUUUUUCACCCCUUUUCUUCAUGCGCCCUUGUAUUUGGACCUGGUUAAAGGAUUUAUAAUAUGGUAGUUUUUUUGAAAUUCUGGUUUUCGGUGUAAACAUUCUAAAAAUACUGAAUAUUAAUUUAUAAACCAACGUCUCUCUUCUUUAUAAAAACGACCAUUUCUUUAAUGCUACAAAACCUUGGGGACGUAGGUUUGAGGGAUUCUACUUCACAGAGCUUUUCCCGCGAAAUGCAUGGCAUUUCAUGAGGUGUCCCAAGUACUGUACAUGUUUUAAACUGACCCUUCCGCAGUUUCCGUUUUAGUCAAAAAAUUAUGUGUAUGCGCUCACUCGUUAAGAUGCUUGCAUAUAAUGAAAAUAUAUCUUCCUUCUACUGCCACACAAGCCAUGCAGAAUCCCCAAACCGUUUUCCUGAACAUACUUCUAUGUUCAGUCCCCUAUCGAAAAACGGGUAGCUGUAUUUUAUUUUCCUGCAGCUGGAAGGGAUAUACAAUUUUGAGAUGAAUUUUCACUUCACAGUCUUCUUUAUUUCUUAGGAUGCCUCUUUAUAAACACCAGCCGUCUUCCCUAAAAGAAAUAUAUUCUAUUAACGAGAUGUUGUAUAUAAAAAGGGGAAAUGGCAGUUGUUGUUGUUGUUUUUGAGUAGUUCAAACACGCGAUUAAAACUUGGUAGGCGGAAAGCGAAGCGACAGUUCGGUCCUCGCCCCAUAGUGGUCGAAUUAUACGAGCCAGUAACUUCAGCAACUCAAUAUUCAAGAAGUCGCAUCUGUUUUAUCAUGUUUCUCAUGGUGGCAAAUUUAUUUAGUUGACUUCAAUAUUCCUGCUUUCGUGAAGAGAUGAAUUAGGCUCGACUGUCCUACAGUCAAGUUGGGUGACUUCUACAAGCAAUGUAUAUUCACGGCUUCGGGCUUUUUAGUACAUUAGGAGUAAAUUAGCCGGAAAACAAACGCGCUAUCCUCGUCUCCUGGGUUCGAUAAUCCACGCUGGCACUGUCGCGUCAGAACCAUUUCGACGGUUGGUGAGUCAUUGCGAAAACUAAUAGCUGCCUGUUUUCGGCCUUCGUGUGUAAUUUGUCCCAUUACUCCUUGCUGCCAACCAUCGAAAAGUUCCCUUUGCUGCCCGAAAGGUUGGGCUUGUCCUGAAUUCCGAGCUCGCAACAUAUCAGGUCUCUCGUGGUCGCCUGAGUUUGUAUUUAAAAUUUUUGGAUACACAUCAAGCACCACUACGAAUUUUCUCAAGUAGGCAUGCAGGAGAGCAGUUAAUUAUUAAGAAGGUAUUACCGACAAAGACAAGGGAGACUGGGAUGGCCAUUUCUGGCCUAUUAGCCGUCUUCAGCCGGUCAUAUACACCCCUGAAGUUUGGAACACUUGGGGUUCGAUCCCGCGACCUGUUAGUUAGAAGUCCAACGCCGCUAAUCACUGAGCCACGGGCCCUUUGUCUUGUCGGUUGCGGUCGCGAAUAUACAAUGGUAGAGGGGCGCUCAUCGAUCGUUUCUACAGGUGUUGGCAACAGAGACGAGGGAGACAACGGUGGCUAUUUCUGUCACCUAUACUCUCGCCGACCAGAUAUGACCCACUCCCAGGCCAGAACGAAUCCAGACUUGAUCCCGGGCCUAGUUGGUCGCCGACCAUAACGCGUUGGCUAUUGAGCCACGGACAGAUUUUGUUAGCUGCAAUGGGCAAUAAUGUGUCGCACCGAUUUACUUAUUUUUAGAAUUAAGCCCCGUGUAGUAGAAACGUCUUAGUGUACAGUUCUGACUCUGUCUGAAAUCUUGAUAGAGGACAGUCAAUUUAACAAGAUUAUGAAGUUAUUUCCCCGUUUCCUUAUUUUAUUUGGAUGAACGGACUAACCAUUUCGCAAUCAAUUCUCUCCUGGAAAUUGAACAAGGAUUCCUUACUUGCAAAAGACAUUUGAAGUAAAUUAUUCGUUACUUCCAUAUGAAAACAAGUCUGACCAGUGAGACGUGAUCUCUCUGAUUAUUUUGAGUCGCAAAAAUUUGUCAUAAGGGACGCAAAGUGCGUCCAGCGAACCUUUAAGAAAUAUAGCGGGGGGUGUUACACAGGCGGGAAGCAACUAGCAGACGCCAAAACAUGAGGCCGAAAGACCCACUGCCACGGUAGGAAACGUCUUGAGUUGUUUACCGGAUCUGGCGCAGUUGAGGGUAGAGCAACUGCCUCGGAGAAACUGAAAGAUUACUCCGGACGCGGAUAGCUGAGCGCGCAGCAGCGGUGAGGACGAAAGACGCCAGCUCCAGGGUGGCGGCUCAUUCCACGGAACUCGGCCAUAUUUUCGAGUUUCAAGAGCCCGGAAUCCUCACAAGGGGUGACGAUCGCGUGAGCCGCGAGCUGCUCGAGUCAUGGUUCUCCGGCCCGCAAUCCAUCAACAGGCGUAAUAACCUCCCAGUACCAUAUUCAGUACUGAGACAUACCCUGAGCAGGGGUAUCAGUCACAUGGGGAAGGCGCGAGCGAGCAGCAACCUCGGUGGCAGCGGGCCAAAUGGUCGAGCAAUCGUCACACCAGCAUCCAGCACGGAUGACGAAAUCAUGACAAUUAACUACUCGGACGCGGAGUGACGAGUCAUCAUCGUCUUAAUUACGACAUCCCAGCGGUGAUCGCGAGAGCCGUUAAUUAUAGCAUGUAUGUGGCCCCACGGCAGCCGCAUACUAUAAAUGUUGCAGUCUUUGUGCUUCCACUACCUUUAUCUGCAACCGUCACUGAUGAUGGGUUCGAGUGAGAAUCCGAAACGUCAGGCCAAUAAACUUCUUGUUCCAGCGACCUCAUCUUCAUCUGAACUGCUUCGCAAACAGAAAUUUUCGAAGGCAAAUUGUCUGUACCCAGGAAAAGUAAAGCAGCUCAGCACCGGCAAAGGUGCAAAUAACCUCAUUGAUUGCGAAUUAGCAGCGAAGUUCGACAUCUAUAUUUAUGUCAAAGAAACGGACUAUGUUCUGCUCACUUCAAGGGAGGAUUUUACCAGAGGGUUUGUAAGUGCUAAACGGUCCGAAAUCGAUACAUCAUUCGGCGCUCCAAGGCAUUGCCUUGGCACCCAUUUAUGAAGGCGAUCCGUGAGCAAUUUCGGUGGCCGGUUUCUGUAGCAUGACUCUCUGUCGUUUUGAGAGAAACGAACACCUUUUCGAAAGGUGGAUGACUCAUCUUGCAGGCAAACCGGAAAGCGCACCAUAAGUUUACGUCGGUUUCCGGAACUCAAAAGUGCUUUCCGCUAGAUGCCUUCUCCUUCCUGCCAAAGUGGCCAUAAUUGCCCAGGGUGGACAUAGAUUUUCGGUCAAAUGGACUGAACGUGCUACCUUUUCCUCACGCGGUGUCUGCACUCACUAGUCGAUCCAUAAUUUAGUCAUAUUUCCUUAAUGAUGGCAAAGUUACCAUGAUAGAAGUCCACUGCCUGUUUCCUUCUCCCAGGAUAGAGAAGACGACAGCGGUUGACUGGUAAAGCGAGGGGUCGACACACAAGCCCUGAUUCAGUGUCUAGCGUCUAACUAUUGGACAAUAGGGAGGAUUUAGGGGAAGCGUCAGAGGAGCUACGCGAGCGUGCCGUUAACCAGUCUAAUCCGAUACCAGAAGGGAGUACAGCGCAAAUCCAUUUUUCAUUUGCGGGUUCCGUCAGUUGUGAGCUGCAGCAGAUGAAAACGGCGUGCACCAGAUCUAUCUGGACUGCAGAACAAAGAUGAGCAUUUCGGCCCCGCCCGGAGGAUCAGGGUCUAUAGCCAUCGUAGUUGACAGCAGGACGACUACUGAUUGGUAGUUGCGAAGUUUUACUGAUAAAGACGAGGGAUUGGAAACCGUGUUAUCCCGAAGGCUGGGGGGGGAUGAAACAUACAGAAUUUAACAGCGUAAACUCUGGACCAACUGCGAAUGGUUAUUACAUAUGUGUAUUCAUAUACGGUCUAGAACGCCCAGUGUCCUAAAAGCUGCAACUAAGUAAAUUCUGUAGAAUAUGUGUGGGCGACAUUUUCGCUGUAGUAAAUGGUUUGAGACACGAGGAAGUUCUACUCAAUGCCAAAAUCAAAUUCACGAACAAGCCUGGGGAGGAGAGUAAGUGGUCUUUCUUGGACCCUCUCGAAGGCAGGCGAGUAGGCGGCACCAUUCGGAGAUUGAAUUAUCGGAGAGUAAAUGACUGCGAUUCCCGAGUUUCAGUCCAAUUAAUAGAACAAAGGAAAUUAGUGCUAGGCCUGUUCAAUUAGUGUGCCAGGGUUUUUUUUAUCUCCGAUACGAUAAGGAUGGUGAUUAUUCCCCUUAGCGACGGCCUUAGAAACAAGUAUCCUGAAAAGUGCUCUGACAGGUAUUCUGGACAGCAAAAUUCAGCGAAACUGGCAUUUUCAAAAAAGCCUGUAGUUACCUUUCUUCCAAUCAGACCUUAUCAAUAUGGACACUUCUGGAAGCGGAUAAGGGCAAAGAUAGGCACAGAGAGCAUGUAGAAUUGCCUCCCCAGCCAGUCAGUGAGUAAGUUAUGCUCAUUUUGGUCCCUGAGUAGUCGGGCAGGCCAGCACACCACAUAGUACUCGCCAAAAACCGUUUUAUAGCCUCUGACAGGAGGCCUGAGAGGGCAGGCGAAAAUAGAACGGACCAUCCACGCCCUCCAAACUCAGAUGAAUGCAUUCCCCGCGUUCUGGUGAUUAGUGCAAAGUACCACUAAGUCUGGACGAAAACCGGGCAAAAGCACGCGCGCACGCUGUGUCGGGCAAAUGGUGGAUGCCAAGACGACCAUAAUCUGCUACCCAGGGCCGUUUCGUUCCGACUUAACCAAUGGACACGUAAAUCGACGUGAUUUGGGCGGCAAACUUUAUCCAUGCCUAAGGCCUUACUUACUCCCACCUGGGUGUGGUCAGGGCCCUAACAUUCUCUACACCUGGCUAAAAAGCAAACAUUUGGUAAUCUUUAGAAAAGCAGUCAAUUUAAUUCACUUAGACACACUUACGGGCACACUUAAUCGACACAUUUAUUACCCGGCUAGGUUAUGCACUCAUUGUUCGCUAAGACCUCUAAAAUUUUUGAGCAACAGACUUUUGUCUGUUUUUCUUCUCCUCUGAAAAGCGAGAAAAGCUCUCAAUAACAAAGUGGUACAAAUUUCGAGAGACGGGGUGGUCUCCCUUCUUCUUCUUCUUCUCCUUCUCCUUCUCCUUCAUCUUCCUCUUCUUCCCUUUCUUCUUCGCACUUCUACUUUUUCUCUCUUUGCUUAUUCAUCGCCAUAGUCCCACUGAUCGCCCUUUUCUUUUUCACGCCCAUCUUUAUCUUCUCGUUUGCUAACGUGCUCCAGUUUUUUUGUUUUGCCUCACCCGCUUCCUCUUCCCCCCCCUCUCCUCCUCCUCCUCCUCCUCCUCCUCCUCAUCCCUCUUCUUAUUCCUCCUCUCCCUCUUCCUCUUAUUCUCCUUCUUCCUCCUCCUCUUCCUCUUCCUCCCUCUUCUUCUUCUUCUCCUUCUCCGCUCUCGUCCUCUCCAUCCAUAA